UCGUGUGCAUUUGGAUUCGGGUUUUUGUAAAAUUUGGAUUUUUGUAAAAUGGUCGUCGAAGAACCGUCUAGCGCCGAAAAUGUGGAGAAGAUUGACAGUAGCACGGCCGUAUCGGAGCCAGCUAAAAUCUUCACCGUUGAAAUACUGCACAUGAUCAAAGAUGCGCAACAACAGCAUGGUCUGCGACACGGUGACUAUCAACGCUAUCGUGGCUACUGCACGCGUCGCAUCCGUCGUCUGCGCAAGGCUCUGAAGUAUCCACAGGGGGAUAAGCGCCACUUCAAGAGACGCGACGUUACGCUCUCUCAACUGACGGGCAAGCGGGCGGACGAGCGUUACAUACACAUUCCGCUAAUCAGUGCGGAGCGCGCCUGGGCCUAUGCUAUGCAACUGAAGCAGGAGGCGAAUACGGAGCCGCGGAAGCGUUUCCACUUGAUUAACAAGAUGCGACGUGCCUGUUUCUAUGCCCUCCAAUUGCAGGAGCUGUGCAAUUCCGAAGCAUUUGAUGCUCGCACCAAGCUUGAAUGCGAAGCCUAUGUGGCUUGGAUGCACGGCACACUGCACUUUGAGCUACAGCUCUGGAAGACGGCUGGUGAGCACUUGAAACGUGCUCAGGUCGUCUAUGAGAACCUAGCUAAGGCUUUGCCCGACGAUGAGCAAGAACUGUAUCGAGCCAAAGUCAAUGAGUUCACGCCCAACUUGCGUUAUUGUGCCUACAACAUUAGCGGUGGGGCCAGUGGUGGAAAUAUCGAUGAAAUUUUGGAGCUACGCGCCCAGGGUGUGCUUGAGAAUUUGGAUGUACUCGUGAGCCAGACUAAAACUGAGAGUAGCGAAGGCCUUCAAACGAUCGACUGGCGUGGUCGCAAAGUUACUGUUCGUCCGGAGAAGGUGCGCCUGUUUUUGCUCAGUGCCCAAGAGCUGGACAAAUCGUUGGCGAAGGCCACCAAAGUGGAUGCCAAGAUUGAGCUGAUUGAACGGAUUUUAAUGGAUUGCAAGGAUGCCAUACAGGCUGUGCGUGAUGAGAUAAAGCAGGAUCCCAAGCUGCGCUCCCUAACCACCGGCCAGACAGUGUCGGGUGUGCAAUAUUUAUUAGCGUAUUUGAGCUACAUUCGUCACAGCCGCACGUUGCAGCGCAAUUUGUGUCUGGUCGAACAAGCCAAGCUUAACUUUUACGAUCCCAACCAGCAGUCCCAGAUUGUGGGAGAUGGCAAACGUGUACGCUCGCAAGAUCUGGCGCGUCUGUAUGAAAUCAUUUUGCAGAAUGUGACGGAAAUGCAGCAAAUCAGUGGCAUGGAGGAGGAUUCUCGGUAUCAAGAAGAAGUCUCUAAUUUGGCGCUUACUUUUAAGGCCUUCCGUUGCUAUUAUAUUGCGCUCACGUUGAUCGACAUGAAAAAAUGGAAGGAGGCAGUAGCGCUAUACGAACGUGCUUCGAACUAUGCCAGCGAGGCACUGAAGGGCAAGACCAGUGCCGAGUUCCAAUUGCAAGCUGAAUUAAAAAAGCUUGUCUCCACCAUCGAUGGUUGCAAAUUCUCUGCCCAUGCCUACAGCGUGCUGGAGGAUGAUAACAGCGAGGACGCGAGCUCCAAUGCGAAAGCUCAGAAGACAACGAAGCCGCUGUACGAGCGUCUAUCACAAUACAAAGAGGACCAAUCGCUGCACACUAAAACACCCAAUGUAUUCAAAUUAACACCCGAUAUGGAACCUAUACCAUGUAAGCCGCUAUUCUUCGACUUGGCCAUGAAUUACUUGGAGCUACCUUCUCUGGAGGACAAAUUGGAAUCACCUGGAAAGAAGGGUGCUUCAAUUACUGGCUUUGUCAAAGGAUUUCUUGGUUGGGGCGGUGCCGGCAAUAAAUGAGAGUCGCGCAAAAAAUAAAGAUAAAGUACACAUGCACCUUUUGCGGAAUUCCAAGUUAAUGUUGCUUUUAUACAUGGCCCGUUUUUCUGUUGAUUUGUAAGUUUUUGUUUAUGCUUUUACACGCCGCAGGCUUUUUAUAUAUAAAAUAGAACACUUUUGUUGUGACAAAGAAUUUACGAAAGUGUAGAAGAUUUUGGUAAUAAAGGAACCCACAAUAAAAAUGUGGUAUGGCCACA